AUGUCGCAUGGUGCCUCCACCAUACCGGAGGUCGUCGACAGGCUUGCCAUCGAUACGCCGGAGAAGACAUGGCUUCAAUUCAUAGCCUCGCAGAAAGAUUUGGAGGAAGGGGUCUUGACCAGCGUUACCUAUGGAACUUUGGCAAAUGCGAUCAACAGAGUCGCAUGGUUCCUUUCCAGAAACGUACCUCGRGCAGGAAGCCUGGAGACCACGAUAUGCUACAUUGCACCAUCUGAUAUCAGGUACUUUAUUGUUGCAUGCGCAGCCACGAAAGCUCGCGUGAAGCUACUGUUAUCCUCGCCGCGAAACAACUUCGAGGCUCACGCAGCUCUGUUCGAACAAACGGAAUGCCGCACACUUCUGGGACCUGCAGGCCUCUGCAAAGAGCUCAGCGAUGCAUACGGCAUGGAGCACAUCGACAUGCUGACUAUGGAGAUGGUCCUGGACCGAGAGCCCGUGGAAGCUUACCCAUGGCAUCGAACACUACAGGAGGUCGCAUCUGAGCCUUUUGUCAUCUUACACACAAGCGGUUCCACAGGACAGCCGAAGAUGGUCAAAGUUACACACGCCCUCGUAGCAACAAUCGAUGCUCAGCAGGACCUCCCUAAAGUCAAAGGUCGAUGCGUGACUUCACAAAUGUGGAAAGAUUGCAAGCUAUAUGCUGCGAUGCCUCUCUUCCACUCGGCAGGGUUCAACAUUCUAGCGUUCUCCAUCUUUCAAGGAACACAACCCGUCCUAGGACCCAGCGAUCAGCCGCCUUCCGUCCGCACAGUUGAGCAGAUCUUAGACAUGGGCGUCGCAGCGGCGGGUCUGAUCCCACCAUCUCUCCUCGCUGAGAUUGCAGAGGAGCCAACUGUUCUGCAAAAGCUCUCGAACUGGAGCAGUGUUUCGUAUGGAGGAGGACCUUWGGCUGAAGAGGCGAUGAAGUCCAUUUUCAAGCAUACCAAGAUCUUGAAACUUCUUGGAUCGACGGAGACGUUCAACUUGCCGGAGCUAUUACCAGAGUCAGAGGAUGAACUGGCGUACCAUUACUUCCACCCCUCAUUGCGCAUUGAAUUUCGACCCGAAGGUUUACUGCAUGAAUUGGUUUUCGUGCGCGAAGAGGGAUCAAAACAUCAAGGCGCAUUCUUGACCUUUCCCGAUUUGAAAGAGUAUCGCAUGAAAGACUUGUAUGAGAGACAUCCCACCAAAGACGGAAUGUGGAAGUACAAAGGUCGGCUGGACGAUAUCAUUGUCCUUUCCAACGGCGAGAAAUUCAACCCUCGCGCAGCGGAAGCGGUCCUUUCGGCGCAUCCGGCUGUACAGAGCGCACUGAUUGUUGGAUGCAGACGGGACCAACCUCUCCUCCUUGUCGAGCCACGCUCUGGUAUUGAUGCCUCGGCAGAGCUAGACAUGUCGGAGCCUCUUCGCCGUGCGCACGAGAUUCUGCCAGAUCAUGCAAAGAUACAUACCUCACAUAUUCAUAUCGUGGAGGCGGGAUCAUUCCUACGAUCAGGAAAGGGCGAAGUUCGACGCGGCCCAACAAUCGACAAGCUUCAAGGCGAGAUCGAAGCAGCGUACAAGGUUGCCGAGGAUCGUGUGACUGCGAAUAUUCGACUAGACUUCUCGUCAGAAGAUGCAAUCGCCUCCUCGUUGCUAUCUGUGAUUACUUCAGAGAUUCUACCAGGUCGAGAUGUUGCUCCUACCGACGACCUCUUCUCUCACGGCUUGGACUCGCUUGCUGUGAUGCACUUGACAAGGCUCAUCAAAUCCAGCCUACGAGAUCAAGGCGUAGAUGUCGCUUGCCGCAUAACUCCCAAGCUGAUCUACAACCAACGAACCGCGGCCAACAUCGCCUCAAGUAUGAUGCCUGGAAGCGAGCAGUCGACGAACGAUGCCGGAAGUCAGCACUGUCGAAUGCAGCAAUGCUUAGACUCCCACCUGAACCAGCUUCCUCAAACUCCCUCAAUCGAAACUCCCAAACUGAUGACCCCCGAACGAGUCUACUUGCUCACAGGAUCGACCGGCUCCCUCAGUUCGUAUCUGCUUGAUUCUUUACUGAGACAGCAAUCCACGACAAAAGUCAUCUGUCUAAAUCGUCGAGGUGGYAAUGCUGCAAAACAAAAGAAGAUACAACACAGUCGCGGCUUGACAGAGGACUUCUCCCGUGUAGUUUUCCUCGAAGGCCAACUGGCAAAAGUACGAUUCGGUCUCGAUGAGGAGCAAUACUCUAUUCUACAAGAAACUACACACAUCGUGCACAACGCAUGGCAGGUCAACUUCAACCUACCACUAGCAGCGUUCGAUGAUCAGCUACAGGGCUGUCGUCGACUGAUCGAACUGGCGGAUUCUGCCAGGCAUACUGUAGCGUUGACAUUCCUAUCAAGCAUAGGCGCCGCCAACCACUGGCUCCAAACCGGUAACGAAGGCCCAGUGCCCGAGGCCAUCAUUCAUGACUUCGAUGCUGCGGAAAGUGGCUACGGGCAAUCGAAACUCCUCGCAGAACACCUCUUCGCAACUGCCAACGAACGCCUAGGACUUCCCGUGACGAUCUGUCGAAUGGGUCAAAUUGCAGGACCAGUAAAGUCAUCCAAAGGAAUGUGGAAUACACACGAGUGGUUCCCCAGUUUGAUGCUCAGUUCAAAGGAAAUGCGGAUGCUGCCCGAGACACUGGGCUCGAUGGACCGAGUAGACUGGAUUCCUGUGGACACGCUCGCGGAUAUCUUGGCGCUGGACAUUGUUGUAGGCAGUGAUGAGGUGCAUAUCCCUCCUACACAGUCCGAGCGUGUGAUGGGUGAAGCUCGCAUCUCUACAGAUUCCGCUAUUCCUAGAAGCGGAACAACGACUCCAGUGUCCGUUGAUUCGACCUCCAGCACACCGGCAUCCUCCUUGUGCAGCAGUAUGGAGGUUCUAGGCCUCAAGACUAGACAUCCUCUCGCUGUGCGCCACUUUGUCAAUCCAUUCACCGCGCAUUGGCAGGGGAAUUUGGCUUGCCAGGCUCAACGCAUUCUCGGACACGACGUCAUGUCGGUGCCGUUCAGCGAGUGGGUAGAGGCGCUCUCUGCUCAUGCCGAUCAGGAUGAUGCUGCUACGCGCCAGGUCUUACCAGCCGCGAAGCUGCUCGACUUCUUUCAGGACGUUGCCGGAGMGGACAGCAAACGGCCUUUGUUUUCUCUCGAGCAAAGCGCAAUGGCGAGUAAGAGCCUCAUGACACUCGAAGCUGUUUCUGCUGAUUGGCUCGAGCAAUGGUGGGAUCAGUGGUCUGGUCUUGAUGACGAUGUGAAAUCAUUAUCGGUACAAGACUACAAGAUUCUGGCGUCGAAGAGGUCAUCAUGCGGCUUGAAAGAGGAGACACGUCUAGGAAGAUUUCUCGAAUUCGCAUACAACACCACCAAUACCUACUGGACGCCUACCUUGUGGCUCCGGAACCUCCUUUCUAGGACCUCUGAGCGAAUACCGACCUCAUCCAUUUCUUGA